AAAAAAUAAGAAUUUCAGUGAAUACAAUAUUAUUGGAUAUUUUCAUAACUAUAGAAUAUUUAUACGUGGUCACAUAGAUAUAAGUUUCUAGAUAAUAUCCAUAAAAUGUCUGAGGUGCAAGUACCAAAUAAUGCUCCUGAACAUUGUCCAGGGACCCAAAGUGAUGAUGCAGGUAAAGCCUCUGCAUGUGCUGGGUGCCCAAAUCAAGGUAUUUGUGCAUCCGGAGCAGUCAAGGGACCAAACCCAGACAUUCAACUGGUGAAGGAGAGAUUGGAGCAAGUGCAAAACAAAAUUCUGAUCCUCUCAGGUAAAGGUGGUGUGGGUAAAAGUACAGUGACUGCAAUGCUGAGCAGAUCACUUGCAGCAGCAGAUGCAAAUAGAAAUGUUGCUGUGCUAGAUAUUGACAUUUGUGGCCCAUCACAGCCAAGGCUUCUUGGUGUCCUCAAUGAGCAAGUUCAUCAGUCUGGAUCAGGAUGGUCCCCAGUUUAUGUGGAGGAUAAUUUAUCGGUGAUGUCAAUUGGAUUCCUAUUGGGAUCACAGGAUGCUGCCGUAAUCUGGAGAGGUCCAAAGAAGAAUGGGAUGAUCAAGCAGUUCCUGUGCGAAGUGGAUUGGGGAAAUUUGGACUUUUUGCUGAUGGACACGCCUCCUGGAACUUCGGACGAGCAUUUGUCUGCCUCGACUUAUCUGUCGGAGGCGAAUUUAUCGGGAGCCGUAAUUGUUACUACUCCGCAAGAAGUCGCUCUGUUGGACGUUAGGAAAGAAAUUGAUUUCUGUAAGAAGGUGAACAUCAAAAUCCUGGGUGUGAUAGAAAACAUGUCCGGCUUCGUUUGUCCAUCCUGCAAAGUGGAAUCCGAGAUAUUCAAAGCGAAUACAGGAGGCGCGAGGAAGAUGUGCGAAGAUUUGAACGUGCCAUUUUUGGGACAGUUACCACUGGAUCCGAGAAUAGCGAGAUGCUGCGAUGAAGGUAAAGAUUUCAUCACCGAAAUCCCGGAUUCGCCUGCAAUCAAAGCUAUCAACUUGAUUAUCGAGAAUAUCCUAAAAUCGAUUAAAGUUUAAAUUCUUAUACAUGUAAUAUAAUAGUAAUAUAUUUUUUGGCACGACGCGCAUCACUACAGCUAAAGGAAUAAAAAUCAGACAACGAGGUUAAGUUUAAUAAUAAUAAUUUUGGCAUGACGAAGCUCUUCGAAGCUGAUUCCUAAUAUGUCCAUGUAACUUCCAUGGGCUUCUUUAAGUCUACAUUCAAGUCCUUGAUCAACAAAUACUGGAAACAAAGCGCGUUAACACAUGUAUUGUCAUUAAUGUAAGAUAAAUAAAUUUGUACCUUGUUGA